AAGCGACGGCGCCAUUCCGGUGAGCGAGAUACCGCCAGAUGGCGGCUUAGGAUUGCUGCUCCCUGCCAGGCGCGGCCCGGGGGUUAUUCCUAUUAUUAUUAUUAUUUUAUAUUUACCUGACCCCCCCGCACCCCCCGCCUACAGCGGGCAAUAUAAUAUAUCCAUACGACUAUCUAUAGUAGCGCUCUCCGUCAGGCUGGGGCCUGGGCUGCUGGGGUAUUAACCCCCCUCCCGCCGGAUCCUUUGUGCCCCUCACCCGAGGACUAGGUGUAUCGGGAACCGUUCCCUGACCCCCCCGGGCGGGAGGACCGGGUAGACAGGAGGAAGGAGAAGACCCGGAAUGUCCAUAGGAGGUUCAUCACAGAGCCGUUUCCAAUAGCUAAACCUGAAGCAAGCGUUUAGCAGCAAUUCUCAUUGGGAUUAUAGCGCUUCUAGAAAGAAACUUGUUUCAAGAUGAUUACUUCCGAGCUGUCAGUUCUGCAGGACUCCACAAAUGAGAGCGCCACAGUGCACACAGACAUGUCCGUGGUGGCAAGUGAGAUGAGCUCUGAAAUUGUGGAGGAUAUGGAGGUCAAAGGGAAGAGAAAAAGAGGGCGUCCAGGAAGACCUCCGUCUGCCAUAAAGAAACCACGAAAGACUCCAGGGGAACGGAGUCGGGGAGAACCAGGAGCCAGAGGAAGAGGGAGGGCAAAUGGACUUCCUCAACAGAAUGGAGAAGGCGAUCCAGUCACCCUCUUUGAAGUUGUAAAGAUGGGCAAGAGUGCCAUGCAGUCUGUAGUGGAUGACUGGAUCGAAUCUUACAAGCAGGACCGAGACAUUGCACUUCUGGACUUGAUAAACUUCUUCAUCCAGUGUUCAGGCUGCAAAGGUACUGUAAGAAUUGAAAUGUUCCGAAAUAUGCAGAAUGCUGAAAUUAUUCGGAAAAUGACUGAAGAGUUUGAUGAGGAUAGCGGUGACUACCCCCUAACAAUGCCUGGCCCUCAUUGGAAGAAGUUUCGCUACAACUUCUGUGAGUUCAUUGGCGUCUUGAUCCGGCAGUGUCAGUACAGCAUCAUAUAUGACGAGUAUAUGAUGGACACUGUGAUUUCACUACUGACUGGUCUGUCAGACUCCCAGGUCCGAGCAUUCAGGCAUACAAGCACUCUGGCAGCAAUGAAGCUGAUGACGGCCCUGGUGAACGUGGCGCUCAACCUCAGUAUUCACCAGGACAACACCCAGCGACAGUACGAAGCAGAGAGAGCAAGAUGAUUGGUAAAAGAGCCACGAGAGGCUCGACUGCUGCUACAGAAACGGAAGGAGCUUCAGGAAAAUCAGGACGAAAUAGAAAACAUGAUGAACUCCAUAUUCAAAGGCAUCUUUGUUCAUAGAUACAGGGAUGCCAUUGCUGAGAUCCGAGCAAUCUGCAUUGAAGAAAUAGGGGUUUGGAUGAAAAUGUACAGUGAUGCUUUCCUGAAUGACAGCUAUCUCAAGUAUGUUGGCUGGACGCUACAUGACCGGCAAGGAGAAGUGAGGCUGAAGUGCCUGAAAGCUCUCCAGAGCCUCUACACCAACAGGGAACUAUUUCCCAAGCUGGAACUCUUCACCAACAGGUUCAAGGACCGUAUCGUUUCCAUGACCUUGGACAAAGAAUAUGAUGUAGCAGUUGAAGCAAUCAGACUAGUCACCCUGAUCCUCCACGGCAGUGAAGAGGCCCUCUCCAAUGAAGACUGUGAGAAUGUGUACCACCUGGUGUAUUCAGCACAUCGGCCUGUGGCUGUAGCAGCUGGAGAAUUCCUGCACAAGAAGCUGUUCAGUAGACAUGACCCACAAGCUGAAGAGGCAUUGGCUAAAAGAAGGGGACGCAGCAGUCCCAAUGGAAAUCUUGUCAAGAUGCUGGUACUUUUCUUUCUUGAAAGUGAGUUACAUGAGCAUGCGGCAUAUUUAGUGGAUAGUUUAUGGGAAAGUUCUCAAGAACUUCUGAAAGACUGGGAAUGCAUGGCAGAGCUGCUAGUAGAGGAGCCGAUUCAAGGAGAGGAAGUGAUGUCUGAGCGGCAGGAGAGUGCACUAAUAGAACUCAUGGUGUGUACGAUACGUCAGGCCGCAGAAGCACAUCCGCCCGUGGGGAGGGGAACAGGAAAGAGGGUUUUAACUGCCAAGGAGAGGAAAACUCAGAUAGAUGACAAGAAUAAACUGACUGAACAUUUCAUUGUUGCACUUCCAAUGCUGCUUUCUAAGUAUUCUGCUGAUGCUGAGAAAGUGGCAAAUCUAUUACAAAUCCCUCUAUAUUUUGAUCUAGAGCUUUACAGCACUGGCCGAAUGGAAAAGCACCUGGACAGUUUACUAAAGCAAAUUAAGUUUGUGGUGGAGAAACAUACAGAGUCCGAUGUGUUAGAAGCAUGUAGUAAAACGUACAGCAUCCUAUGCAGCGAGGAGUACACCAUUCAGAACAGAGUGGAUAUCGCCCACAGUCAGCUGAUUGAUGAGCUGGUUGAUCGCUUCUCACAUGCUGUGGAGGAUUUGUUGCAAGAAGUUGAGGAAGCUGAUGAGGAUGAUAUAUACAACGUUCUGGCUUCACUAAAGAGGUUAACGUGCUUUCACAAUGCUCAUGAUUUAACAAAAUGGGAUUUAUUUGGGAACUGUUACCGGCUCUUGAGGACAGGCAUUGAACAUGAAGGCAUGAUUGAGCAGAUUGGAGUCCAGGCUCUACAGUGCGCGCACUACUCCAUUCUGUGGCAACUGGUGAAAAUCACAGAAGGCAACCCUUCCAAAGAAGAUAUGCUGAUGUUGAGAAAAACUGUAAAGUCCUUCUUGGCUGUGUGUCAGCAGUGUCUUUCCAAUGUUAACACAGCGGUGAAAGAACAGGCAUUCAUGCUGCUUUGUGACCUUCUUAUGAUCUUCAGCCAUCAGUUGACUACGGGUGGAAGGGACAAUCUUGUGCUGCUGAUCUUCAAUCCUGACCUAGGCCUGCAAUCUGAACUGCUGACGUUUGUCAUGGAUCAUGUGUUCAUCGAUCAAGAUGAUGAGAACCAGAGCAUGGAAGGUGACGAGGAAGAUGAAGCCAACAAAAUCGAGGCGUUGCACAAGAGGAGAAAUCUGCUAGCUGCUUUUUGCAAACUUAUAAUCUAUGACAUUGUAGACAUGCACGCAGCGGCAGAUAUCUUUAAACACUACAUGAAGUAUUACAAUGAUUAUGGUGACAUAAUUAAAGAAACACUAAGUAAGACAAGGCAAAUGGACAAGAUCCAGUGUGCCAAGACCCUGAUCCUUAGUUUGCAGCAGCUGUUCAAUGAGCUGAUCCAGGAUCAAGGCCCCAAUCUGGACAGGACAUCGGCACAUGUCAGUGGUAUUAAAGAGUUGGCUCGCAGGUUUGCACUCACAUUUGGUCUGGAUCAGAUAAAGACCAGGGAAGCUGUGGCGACAUUACACAAAGAUGGCAUAGAGUUUGCCUUUAAAUACCAAAAUCCCAAGGGCCUAGAGUACCCACCACUGAAUUUGGCCUUCUUGGAAGUAUUGAGUGAAUUUUCUUCAAAGUUGUUGCGGCAAGACAAGAAGACAGUACAUUCAUAUCUGGAGAAAUUCCUAAAUGAUCAUAUGCAGGAGAGAAGAGAAGAUGUUUGGCUGCCUCUGAUCUCCUACAGAAACUCUCUAGUAACAGGCGGGGAUGAGGACCGCCUGUCUGUGAAUAGUGGAGGCAGUAACAGCAAGGGCUCCUCUGUGAGGAGUAAGAAAGGCCGGCCGCCCCUGCACAAGAAGAGAGGAGUGGAAGAAGAGAGCAUUGACAGCUCCUGGGUAACCAGGAACGACACUAUUCAGACACCAGGAGCACUUACCACCCCUCAGCUUACAUCCACUGUUCUGCGGGAAAACCCUAGACAGAUACCAGAACAAAUACCUGAACAGGAAUCUGAACACGGCUCAGAACCAGACUUCUUACACAAUCCACAGAUGCAGAUGUCUUGGUUGGGUCAGCAGAAGUUAGAAGACUUGAAUAGAAAAGACAGAACAUCCAUGAGCUACAUGAAAGUGCGGAGUGGCGUUAGGCACGGAGUACGAGGUUUAAUGGAGGAUGAUGCAGAGCCCAUAUUUGAGGAUGUAAUGAUGUCAUCGAGGGGACAAUUGGAAGACAUGAAUGAGGAGUUUGAGGACACCAUGGUUAUUGAUCUGCCACCAUCUCGAAACAGACGGGAAAGAGCAGAGCUCCGACCAGACUUCUUUGACUCCGCAGCCAUUAUUGAGGAUGAUUCAGGAUUUGGGAUGCCAAUGUUCUGAGGUUCAGCACAUACCUGGAACUCUUGUUUAAAGGCCUGUAUACUGUGAGCUUCUGUAAGAAAAUUAGAAAAAGAAAAAAAAAAAAACUUUUUUUUAACAGUUUUUGUU